CAUAACCAAAACAGCUCAGGAGCGAGCUCAGUACCACAUCAUCUAAACAUUUCCAUUAACCAAUCAUAUCUGCACAUCAGCAUAAUUUUCAGGCCAGUAUUUCUCUACAGUUUGUGCGCUUUGGAUUAUCAAUUUGCUGCGUGAAUAGCUUCCUCCUGAAACGCGAGUCAAUUUAGGCUUCGCUGGUAUUCUGAAUUUAUUUUCUGUAUUUUUUUUUUUUUGUUUUUAUGUAAAUGAGCUUUUCUGUCAGAGACGCUACUGAAAAGACAUAAAACUACGACGGCACCUCUAUCUUGUUUUACAGUCGGCCUCUUUAAUCCUUUCGAAUCAGGAUUAAUUUUAGUUAGUUCCAACUAUCAUGCAUUAAAAACAUAUUCAUUUAGGACACAAUUUUUAGUCUCUUAAAAUUUAUAAAAUUUGCAUGGGCUCUAUCUAAUGAAAUUGUGAGUGUGGCUGAUGUGAUAAAAGUGGAGGGAGGACAUGGCACUCCACAGCGCCUGACUCCGUCAUUCCUGGAUGUCAUCCUGCCCUGAGGCGCCGUUGGCUGAGCUCCAUCAGCCAGCCCAGAGCCGGGCUCUGGAAACAUCAUAACGUCACCACAUGCAAACUGUGGUUCCAGCGGAGAGAAACCAGAGGGGGACGUAACUCGGCGUCAGCCACAAGUCUCUGUCGACUCGGCGCCGGAUAGAGGAGCACAUGUGGUGCACUCGGAGCCGAUUCGCCAUCUCCGCUCUGCUCGGGACACAAGCAUGGACGCAGCAGGGGACCGAUCGGGCUUGAAGAUGGAGGGCAGCAAGAUGGAGAUAGAAGACACCGACUCAUGCACCGGACUCUCAGACGAGACGCACCAACAUCUGUCCAUCAGCGACGGGCCGUCCGGCAGCUGCACUGCGGCCAGAGGCAGCUUCAGGCCCAGGCUCCUGGCGACCAAAAGCUUCCCCCCUUACAGCCAGUGCAUAGGCGGACUGGGAGAAGACUUGGACUGGGACAAUGAUCCUGACUCUGAAUUGCUCCUGGCAGACGCAAAGGAGGAGACGACUGUGGAAGUUCGUGAAGCGAACGACUCCGCAAAGUAUUCCCGGGAAGUUGUCAGAGCCAGAUGGAGGUCCAGGAGGAAGGAGAGGUUGGGAGGGAGCUUCGAAGUCGGCACGGACGGCUGCGAGAGGGGGAGGUGGAGCGGGAAGAGGAGGGUCGAGGAGAGUGGAACGGCAGGGGAAGAUGACGACGAGGAGCGGGACGAGGGGAAGCACUGGAGAGGCAGAAGCUCCAGUUUGGAGAGAGACGGGAGCAACGAGGAGAAGGAAGGCCGGAAGCCUUCCUCCACCUCAGGAGCUCAGGGGGACAACAGCAGCAGCACGGAGACCCCCGAGGGGCAUAACGAGGACUCUGACGUCGUGAUGGAGCCGUCAAGUCACCGGCAUCCGAUCCUCUCCAAGCUGCUGCACUCGUCCACCUCCUCCUGCUCCUCCAUCAACCUCUCCUCAGAGAGUGACGAGGUCUUCAGUGACGUAGACGACGCAGUGUCUAAAAGGCAAACCUUCAGGAAGAGUCGCACAUGGAAAACCUUCCUUACCAUGAUGCACUGGUCACUUCGGCGGCAGAGCUCGUGGGUCCAGCUGGCUGGACAUCAAGGUAAUUUUCAGGUUAGCAAAGGAGGGGAGGUGCUGAAACUGUACAGUGAACUGGAGGCAAAGUGUCUGGACUGCCUGAUGAGAGACGCGCUGAGACCCUUUGUCCCGCAGUACCAUGGUUUGGUCACCAGAGGAGAACAUCGCUACAUCCGCCUGGAGGACUUACUCAAUGGCCUCAGGAGGCCUGUUAUCAUGGACUGCAAGAUGGGAGUCAGGACAUUCCAGGAGGAGGAACUGAUCAAAGCCCGGACUAAACCCAGUCCUAGGAGCGACAUGUACCAGAAGAUGUUGAAAAUAGACCCGUCGGCACCGACAGCUGAGGAACACGCUCAGAAAGGAGUGACCAAAUGGCGCUACCUGCAGUGGCGGGACACGACCAGCUCCACGUCCACGCUGGGCUUCCGGAUUGAAGGCAUUAUGAUGGAGGACGGCAGUGUCCAGCGUGAUUUCAGAAAAAUCCACACUUUGACUGAGAUCACAGAGGCGUUGCUCUACUUCACCAGGAGUCAGCUGGACACUCUGAACGCGUACCACUCCAGACUCUUGGACCUGAAGGACGCACUCAGGGUUUCUGAGUUCUUCCGAACCCACGAGGUUAUUGGCAGCUCGCUUCUCUUCGUCCACGACCACAACAAGGCCAGCGUUUGGAUGAUAGACUUCGGGAAGACGAUGCCUCUCCCCGACUCGAGGGAGCUCCAGCACGGCGUCCCUUGGGUGGAGGGGAGCAGGGAGGACGGCUACCUGAUUGGCCUGACCUCCAUCCUCACGGCUCUGAGCCAGGCCAUCAGCGUGGCCGAGGAGCAGCAGGGCGCCAGCUGAGGGGAGGCAAAGCGUGAAACAUGAAGUUCUCUGAAGUGUCUGUGACACAAAUCACCCGGAUUCCUCCAGGAAGAAGAAGAAGAAACAGGAACAAUGGCCGUUUCAGUGAAGCUGACAUUCAAAGACAUACGAAGUGGAAGCUAAUUUGCUUAUUUGUACAUCUGGUAUGUACAUAUGCCAACAGCUGGGAGAGUUUUUGCUCAUUUUUGUUUUGUAUUAAAUGUUAUAAUAGUAAAAAAAUGUAUAAUGUAGUUUCUUUAAGCGCGACAUCACGCACAAAAACUCAUGUUCUGCCUGUUUUAAGUCAGUACAUGUUUGUAUGUCUAAUGUUGAUUUUUUUUUUGCCUUCAGUUAACAUAAACUGAUAAAAUUCAUGUGUUGCGUUUCCGUUACCUAAUAUAUGAUUUCAAUUAUGUGUUUUCCUGUUGUUGUUUUUUUUUUUUUACCUUAGUUCUGGUGGUCAGACACUUUAUACUCUGUUUGGUGGGCCAAGUUACAUUAAAUAAACCACAGCGAACGUUUUUAUCCACAUCAUCAUUACAUCGAUAUUUGGUACAACAAUGAAGGAAAUUUGUUCUUAGUCAAUCACUUCUGUGUAUGAACAUUGUCCUUUAACAAUAGAUCUUAUAAAUCUGUUUUAUGUUUUUUUUUAAAUGCCGCAUAGUUGAAAAUGCAUUUGUAAGUUGACAACCUGAGUCUAUCACUCGGGUUGUAUCAAUUAAAAUGACCUCUGCCUAUUUUAAACACCUUA